AUGGUACGUUUGCUGCAGCAGCAGCAGCAGCAGCAGCAGGAGCAGCAACAGCAGCAACAACGGCAGCAGCAGCAGCUUGGAGGCCGCAGCAGCGGCAACACUAACAGCAGCGGGGAGCCCUCACCAGCAACAGCAGCAGCAACAGCAGCAACAGCAGCAACAGCUGCUGCUUCUCUUCCUCAACAGCAAACAGCAGCAGGAGAAGCAGCAAACGGGGCGGAGAGGCUGCAGCAGCUGCUGCUGCUGGAUGAUUUGCUGCUGCAGUACGCAGAUGGCAGUGGCCUUGCAAAUGGGGAGGCCGCUCUGCUGCAGCAGCUGCGCGCGGGUCUGAAGGCUCGUAUUGCAGCAGUGCAGCAGCAGGAACAGGAGCAGCAGCAGCAACAACAACAGGAGGAGCAGCAACAAGAGCAGCAAGCACAACAAAACCAGCCGUUGCAGCAGGCGCAGCAACAGGAGCAGCAAACACAGCAACAGAAACCGCUGCAGCAGGAGCAGCAGCCGGUCGAGCAACAGCAGAACGAACAGCAGCAGAACGAGCAGCAGCAGCAGCAGCAGAACGAGCAACAGCCGGUCGAGCAGCAGCAGAUCGAGAAGCAGCAGCAGCAACAGCAACAGAAAGAGGAGGAGCAGCAAGACGAUACAGACGACGGUGAUACACCUGGAGGCGGAGGGCAGCAGCAGCAGCAGCAGCAGCAGGAGCAAGUAUACCUGAAUAAUGAGCAGCAGCAAAUCGAGCAGCAGCAGCAAAAGGCGCAGCAGCAGCAGCCCCAGCAGCAAAUAGAGAAUAGCGGGUUGCUGCAGCAGCUGCAGCAGCAACUUGCUGCUGAGGAGUCAUUCCUUGAGGAAGACAGGCAGCGCCUUCAGCAGCAGCAACAGCAAGACAAGCAGCAGCAGCAGCAGCAGCAGCAGCAGCAGCACGUGACAGCAGAAGCAGCAGCAGCUUCUAGUGUUUCUUCAGCAUCGAUGCCGCAGGAGCAAGACGGAGCUAAAGGGGGCAGCAGCAACACUGACUCUCCAGCAGCAGCAGCAGCAGCUGCUGCUGCUGCUGCUGCUGCAGAACCAACAGGAGCAGCAAAAGGUGAUACUGCUGCUGCUGUGCGGCGGGUUUGCCGCCGAGUGUCUCAGGGAACAGCAGCAGCAGCGCAUGCAGCAGCAGCAACAGCAGCCCUCUGUGCCUUCUAUUCACAGUUGGCGCUGCUGCUGCUGCAGCCAGUAGAUAGAGAUGAGGAGAAGCAGCAGCAAAAGCAACAGCAGCAGCUGCUGCAGCUGCAGCAUCUGCAGCAAAUGAGUGCAGCAAAAGAGACAGGAACAGCAGCAGCAGAGUUGCUGCUGCUGCUGCGGGCUCUUGCUGCCUUUGCUAAGGCUGGGGUGUCUGUGCUGCUGAUGCACACACCUAGCAGCAGCAGCAGCAGCGUCAGUAUCAGCAGCAGCAGCAGUGGCAGCAGCAAGCAGCAAGUGCAGCAGAUGCCUGCGCAGCAGCUGCUGAGAGCAGCAGCAGCUGCUGCUGCUGCACCAGCAGUUGCUGCUGCUGCAGGAAGCCACACCAAGGAGGGAGCAGCAGCAAAGGCUACUAAUGAGUCUCCUGCUGCAGCUGCUGCUGCAGAGGCUCCACCUGCUGCAGAUACUGCUGCAGAUGCUGCUGCAGAUGCUGCACCUGCUGCAGUUGCUGCAGAUUGUGCUGCAGACGCUGCAGCUGCUGCAGUUGCUGCAGAUGAUGCUGCAGAUGCUGCUGCAGAUGCUGCACCUGCUGCAGUUGCUGCAAGUCCGGCACCUGCUGCAGAUACUGCUGCAGAUGCUGCACCUGCUGCAGUUGCUGCAGAUCAGGCACCUGCUGCAGAUACUGCUGCAGAUGCUGCUGCAGAUGCUGCACCUGCUGCAGACGAUGUCCCUGUUGCAGAUGCUGCUGCAUCUGCUGCAUCUGCUGCUGCACCUGCUGCAGAUGCUGCUGCAGAUGCUGCUGCAGAUGCUGUAGAUGCUGCUGCAGAUAACAAUAGCGGCACCAGCUGCAGCAACAGCAGCAGCAGCAAGCCGCCAGACAAUUCUCCAGAUGUGCUUGCUGCUGCGGAUGAUAGCUUUGGCGACAGCAGCAGCAGCAGCAGCAGCGACAGCAGCAGCAGCAGCAGCGACAGCAGCAGCAGCAGCAGCGACAGCAGCAGCAGCAGCAGCAGCGACAGCAGCAGCAGCAGCGGCAACUGUGAGGAUCAAAUGGGAGCUGAGGAUGCUGCUGUAGUCGGCGAAGCACAGAGCAGCAGCAGCAGCAGCAACACUAGCACUAGCAGCUGCAGCAGCAGCAACUCCAACGGCACCACCACCUGCAGCAGCAACUGCAGCAGCAACUGCAGCAGCAGCAGCAGUUGUAGUAGUACUAGCAGCAGCAGCAGCAGGGGUUUGUUUCAGCAGCAGCAGCAACAGCAAGUUGCAGUUUGUGCACAGCAGCAGCAGCAGCAGCAGCAGCAGCAGGGCCCCCCCGGAGCCUCCCCAGACCCACAGGGGGCCCCCCCUAAGGAGGGGAGGAGACACAAAAGGCCCUUUGUUGCUGCUGUUCCGCGCCCCACUGCUGCAGCAGCAGCAGCAGCAGCAGCAGCAGGAGAGGCCCCCUCCAUCUGCAGCAGCAUACCACACAGCAGCAGCAGCAGCAGCAGCAACAGCAGCAGCAGCAGCAGCCGGCUAAUGGCUCGGCAGCCGCUGCAGUCCCCUUUCGUCCCCUCUCUCCCGGCGGUGGCGUGUGGGGCCCUGCAGCAGGAGCGUGCUGCUGCUGCAGCAGCAACAGCAGCACCAGCAGCACCACCUGCAACAACAGCAGCAACAGCAGCAGCAGCAGCAGCAGCAGAUAAUACAGAGACAUCUGCUGCUGCUGCUCCUGUGGGGGGCACAAGCACCCCUUCUGCGGCGGGGGCGCCGCAGUCGUCAUCGUCACCUGCAGCAGCAGCAGCAGCAGCAGCGCCAGCAGCAGCAGCAGCAACAACAACUGCAGCAGGAGCAGCAGCAACUUUGUCCCCAGUCGAUUGCCCUCUAGGGCCUGAUUCAUCAGCCCCCCAACCUGAUAGAAACUUUGCUGCUGCAGCAGCAGCAGGAACUCCUCCUGGUGCAGCAGCAGCAGCAGCAGCAGCACCAACGGAUUUGCUGCUGUCUUUUGGUGGGGGUCUUGUAGGAGGAGACGCACUUGAUCUUGUAGGCAAUCAGCAGCAGCAGCAGCAGCAGCAAACAUCAUCAUCAGCAGCAGCAGCAGUACCAAAGGGUGCUGCUGCUCCUUGUCUGUCUCUUGCGUCUCUGUGCAGCAGCAGCAGCAGCAGCAGCGGCAUCCCUUUGGAUCUAAAGUCUGAGCCUGCUGCACUAGGCAGCAGCAGCACAUCCUCUGCUGCGGCAACAUCAGCAGCAGCAGCAGCAGGAGGUGCACCCCAAGGGUCAUCAUCAGCAGCAGCGCAAGCUGCAGCAGCUGCAGCAGCAGCAGCAGCAGCAGCAGCAGCAAGGGGACAGACACCCGGUACUAAGAAGAGGUGGAAGAGUGGCCACCAGAAGAGAGUAGAGAGACGACUAAGGGAGGAGCUAGCAAGGAGACAGCGGCUGCUGGCAGCAGCAGACACAGCAGAAGGGGAAGCAGCAGCAGCAAGACAGCAGCAGCAGCAGCAGCAGCAGCACCUGCAGCAGCAGCAGCAGCAGAGGGGAAUUCCCGCCUACGGCGCACUCAGCAGCAGUCUGGGAGUCGCUGGGGGAACGUCUCCGGGAUCGUCUCCUCCCCGUGCUGCAGCAGCAGCAGCAGCAGGGUGUGGGGCGCUGCAGCAGCAGCAGCAGAACGGACAGGGAGAGGACGCAGCAGCAGCAGCUGCUGCUCUUCUUGCUGCUCUACCUCUAGGAGGAGGUGUGCUACCUGCCGGCGCACCUGCUGCAGCAACAGCAGCAACAGCAGCAACAGCAGCAGCAGCAACAAGUACUCCUUCCCGCUGCAAGAGGGGACAGAGGAAGGAGCUGCAGCAUCUAAAUGCUGCAGCAGCAGACGCGCAGCAGCAGCUAGCUAAAGGUCAAGCAGCAGCCGCUGCAGCUGCAGCAGCAGCAGCAGCAGCAGGGGCACCAUACUCCCCACAAGCAGCAGCAGCAGCAGCAGCAUAUAAUCCCCUUGAUCUAUCCUGCAGCAAUCCGCAGGUGCUGCAGCUGCUGCAGUCUCUUGCUGCUGGUCGUGCUGCAGCAGCAGGAGAUAAGAACUCCUUAGUCAUAACUCCUAAGUUAGAGGAAGCAGCAGCUGCUGCAGCAGCAGCAGCAGCAGCAGCGGAGGCAGGGGACGCAGCAGCAGCAGCACUUGCUCAAGGAGCAGAAGCAGCAGCUGCAGCAGUUCGUGCACAGGACGGUGCAGCAGCAGCUGCUGCAGCAGCAGCAGCAGCUGACGCUAUUCAGAGUGCUGCUGCAGCAUUACGCUGCAGCAGCGGGGAAGCAGCACUAGCUAGCUCAGCAGCAACAGCAGCAGCUGCAGCAGCUGCAGCAGCAGCCCCCGUGUCCCUUGCUUCUCUCUGUGUGGGAGCAGCGACAGCAGCAACAACAGCAGCAGCAGACUGCAGCAGCACAACACCACCAAGAGGGAAGAGACUGCGUGGCAGCAACGCAGCAGAGCAGCAGCAGCAGCAGCAGCAGCAGCAGUUGCUGCUAGAUGGUCAGCAGCUAUUUGGUGGUGUAGACGCAGAAGCAGCAGAAGCAGCGCUGCAGGCAGCAGCAACAGCAGCAACAGCAGCAGAAGCAGCAGCAACUGCUGCAGAAUCCGCAGCGGCGGCUGCUCUUCAAGCAGCAAGUGCAGCAGCAGCAGCAGCACAGACUGCUGCAUCUGUUGCCUUCUGUCUGGCUGCAGCAGCAGAACAAGGACCCCCAGCAGCAGCAGCAGCAGCAGCACUUCCUCCCCUGUCUCCUAAGAAGCAGCGACCUGCUGCUCUUACCUGUGGCGGGGAGACACCCCCGAUAGCAGAUUGCUAG